AUGUUUCGCUUCACUGGCGACUGCAAGCUGACAAGACUGCCCGCUAAACAGAACAAAACGCUCGACAUCGUCACCGUCUUCCACAAGGCGAGCUCACCCGCCUCUGUAAAGGUCGCCAACCUCGUUAAGCAGAUCUCCGCCAACGCCCAGGUCGGCGCCACGAUCGAUCAAGCCAGCGAUCACUCCGCCCAGACCAAGCCCGGCCGUGAGCCCUUUGAGCUCAACAUCACCGAGGACGCCCCCACCACCGACCAGGUCCAAACCAUCCUCGGCUACGUUGGCACUGGCGGCAUCUCCAAGGUCAUCAAGGGUGCCCGUGACGAGAAGGAUGCGCUGAAGCGAUUCAAGGAGAGCAAGGAAAACUUCCUCAGACCCCUGACCGUCGACUGGAACAACGGAAAAGCCAUCGCCGGCGAUAACGAAUCGGAAAUUCUCAAGAUUCUCGAUGCUAAGAAGAACGACUAA